AGAAAAGUUAGUCUCUUUUCUUCUCGCUCUACGCAAGAGAGAAACGCUACAGUGACCUACGUUAUCAUGCUGCGAUCCACACUGCACACAUCACUAUUUGACUCACUACUCUCUAUGAUCAAACAGUCAAGUUUUUCCUCUUGCCUCUACUCUUCUUGAUUAUAACGUUCAUGACGAAAUUACCGAAAAAACUUUCUGCUUCCAUUCACAUGCAUCCUCUUAUAAAUUCUAAACAUUUUCACCAUAAAAAAUGAGGGGUACAAAGGAAGUUAUUAUAACAAGUGACAGUACUGGAGAAAGUUAUAGUGCAGCCGUUUGGGAUCCAUCAACAGCGUCACUCCUUUCAACAUACAAACAUGCAUCAGCUCUUGGCUUUCACACACUGCAACUUCUUGGAGACAGUUAUUUAUUGGCAGCUGACGCAGUAAAGCCAUUACUUCAUCUAUGGCCUUUGAAUAGUCAAAACCCAGUUCCUAAUCUUCAUCUUUCAACUCCUACUAAAAUUACUGCUUUAGCUUCUACCCCCAAUGGUUCCUACAUUGUAGCAGGCUUGAAGGAUAAGAUUUCUGUUUGGCAAAUUUGCACAGGUAGGUUGCUUGCAACAUUAGCCGAACAUUUUCAAUCUGUAACUUGUCUGGUGUUCAACUCAGACGGAACUCUUUUUGCAAGUGGCGGAGAAGAUGGUUUAAUUUUUAUAUGGUCUCUUGCACAAGUUGCAACGGGACAAACGAAUCCUGUACAAUCUUUCACAGUUCACUCGAGAGCAAUAAAAGAUCUUUACUUUGGUAAAUUUGGUUUGAGAGGACGAUUAUGUUCUGUGUCUGCUGAUUGUACAGCAAAAAUAUUUGAUGCCUGUAUUGGUAAAGUUCUUUUGAAUGUUCCUUGUGACGCUCCUCUCUUGUCAGUAACUAUGGACAUAAUUGAAACUCGAUUGUUUAUUGGUACUGCAAACGGUAAAAUACUCCAAGUCAAUCUGCAUGAUCCACCUCGUAGCAUUGAACGUUUUGCUUCUACGGAUCAAGAUAAUGAAAACUCUAUAAUUAAUGCUCAUGAUGGAGGUGUAGUGACUUUGUCAGUUUCAGUUGACUGUAAAACUCUCGUUUCUGGAGGAACAGAUGGUCUUGUACAUAUUUGGGAUAUUCCUGCGCGUGAAAUUAUCAAGACUAUAAAACAUAAAGGACCUAUUGUAUCGGCUUUCUUCGCAAAAUCUCUAGAGAAUUUUCGGACAAGUACUCUCAAACCGGUUAUUAAUGUGCGACCUCUGCAAAGGUCAAGUGACGACAGUAGUCAACAUUUGCAAGUCGUUUUGAAGAAUGACAAUAUUUCUAGAUUGUUAAAUCCAGAUUUGUAUUUCAGCAACAAAACUUUUGCUGUUUCUUCAUCAGAAGACGAUUCUGAUAAAUUGAAAGCAGCUUUGAAAGAAAUUGAAAAUCUAAAAAGUGUGAAUGCAGCUCUCUAUCAGUAUUCGGUUAAAAAUUUACUUUCUAAAACACAUGUGGAGUAGAAAAUAUAAAUUGUAAUCUAAAAUAAAUUUUAAUUUUAAAUAAAAACUUAUAUUUUUUACGAA